GAUACCUUUUGUAUGUACAUAUUUGAUAAUCGAAUUCUGUCAAAAUAACAUUAAGAUUAUUAAAAGAAGGGUAGAGAGAAACUACUGAAAACUUGCAGUAAAAUUAUUCGAGUAAAUCAGCCAAAAGAAAUAUCACUAUGGACAAUACAUCAAAUAAAAAUGAUAGCUAUGACUAUAUGCGACUAUCACAUAUUAUGACUGUAUGUUUUGGAUCACCUUAUACACGGAAAAAAAUAAAGCCAAUUGAUAUUCCUAAUGAAAAAUCUGAUGUUGCAGGUUAUAGAUAUUCGUUUGACAAACGUUUACUGCCUGUGUGGGUGGUAUAUAUCAUCUUGAACUUAUACAUACUAUAUGCAAACUACAUAGCUGGAAUAAGAUAUGUAGGGAAUUCACUGCAAGAAUGUUUUAAAGAAUCUUAUUGCAUUUCUGUGAUUGAAAUAAUAAAUAGAAAUUUGGGCCCUACAACUUAUUUAAUAAGUGCAGUUUUUUAUGGUAGCAAGUACAAAAUCUACUCGUUAGCUGGCACAGAACGUAUACUGACUUUUUUACACGAAACUGACCAUUCAGUUGAAAUGAAAAAAAGAAAAUUGUCAUUAAUUACGAAAAUAUAUUCACCUAUUAUUUUAUGUUUAUACGUGUGUAAUAUAAUGUUAUAUUCAUUUAGAUAUCCUUUUUUUCAUAUAUUUCUAUAUAGCUGGAACGUUAUGGGAUUAAUUGCUGCAUUUUCUUUAGCUCAAUUUCAAUACACUAUUUUUGAAAAAGGAUAUGCUCGUAUCAAUCAUAUAAUUGAAAAAAAAAUAAAUUCAAGAGAUAAUCCUAAAUUAAUAAAUCAGUUGUUAAUUCGUUUGAUAGAUAGAUACAAAGAGCUUUGUACAUUGGUAGACUAUGUGAAUCAAUCAUAUGUGCCAGAUAUGCUUCUUCAAUGGCCUUAUAAUAUAAUAAGGCUUGUAAUGACUGUGUUCCGAAUGUUUGAAUAUUUAUCUGUAUUGUAUGGUUCUCAAUCAAAAGUAGCUUUACUUCUUCUUUUACAACACGUUACAGAUAUAAUAUUAUUUAUUCUUCAAAAUACUUUUUACUGUGUAGUGGGAUCAAGAUUAGCAAUACAAGCGAAAAAAACUUUAGAAAGCCUACAAAGGUUUAAUCUUCAGAAUGAUUUUAAUGUUAGUAUGAAUGUUAAAAAAACGGUUAGAAUAUUUUCAAUUCAUGUAAAUGCACGAAAUGUUGAAGCGUCAGUUGGAGGAUAUAUUAUAAUGAAUAUGAGUUUUAUAAGGACAUUAUUCUCAGCUGUUGUCACGUACACUCUAGUAUUGAUUCAAUUCAAAAACGAAAAAGGAAACUCGAAGCCGUUACACAUAUCUUAAAAUCAAUAUAGUUUUCAAAUAUAUAUUAUCAACGUUAUAUUUAAUAUUAUUGAUCAAAAUUAAAUAGUUCAUAAGUAUAUUAGUAAAUCAGUUUGUAAUUGUUUAGUUUUAAACUGUAACAGUAAUUAUACUAUAGAACAAAGCAAAAA